GGCCCGACGCAGGGCCGGGCGCGCCCAGGGCCGGAGCGCGGCGGCCGGAGCGGCCCGGAGGCGACGCCGGGGGCCACGCGCGCGACGAGCAGGUGGCGGCGGCUGCAGGUGAAUCUGUGCUUGUGCCUUUCACUCUCGGGCCUUCAAGUCGGAGCCUUCUGAGGACGACUCUGCCCCGCUGCCCCGCUGCCCCCCUGCCCCCGUGCCGCGGACGGCCGUUCUCAGUGAGGGACCUUGCACGCGCUACUGAGCUGUGGCCAUGGGCCUGCUCGCCUUCCUGAAGACCCAGUUCGUCGUGCACCUCCUCAUCGGCUUCGUCUUUGUGGUCAGCGGGCUGGUCAUCAACUUCGUCCAGCUCUGCACACUCAUCCUCUGGCCCGUGAACAAGCAGCUGUACCGCCGGCUCAACUGCCGCCUCGCCUACUCACUCUGGAGCCAGCUGGUCAUGCUACUGGAGUGGUGGUCGUGCACUGCGUGCACCCUGUUCACCGACCAGGCCACGGUGGCCCGCUUUGGGAAGGAGCACGCGGUCAUUAUCCUCAAUCACAACUUCGAAAUCGACUUCCUCUGCGGGUGGACCAUGUGCGAGCGAUUCGGUGUGCUGGGGAGUUCCAAAGUCCUGGCUAAAAGGGAGCUGCUUUACGUGCCCCUCAUCGGCUGGACCUGGUACUUCCUGGAGAUCGUAUUCUGCAAACGGAAGUGGGAGGAAGACCGGGACACCGUCAUCGAAGGACUGAAGCGCCUGGCUGACUACCCCGAAUACAUGUGGUUUCUCCUGUACUGCGAGGGCACGCGCUUCACGGAGAAGAAGCACCGCGUCAGCAUGGAGGUGGCCGCCUCCAAAGGGCUGCCCGCCCUCAAGUACCACCUGCUGCCUCGGACCAAGGGCUUCACCACCGCGGUCCAGUGCCUCCGCGGGACAGUCGCAGCUGUCUACGACGUCACGCUGAAUUUCCGAGGAAACAAGAACCCGUCUUUGCUGGGGAUCCUGUACGGGAAGAAGUACGAGGCGGACAUGUGUGUGAGGAGAUUUCCUCUGGAAGAGAUUCCACUGGAUGAAAAGGAAGCGGCUCAGUGGCUUCAUAAAUUGUACCAGGAGAAGGACGCGCUGCAGGAGAUGUACAACCAGAAGGGUGUGUUCCCUGGGGAGCAGUUCAGACCUGCUCGGCGGCCAUGGACGCUCCUGAACUUCCUCUCCUGGGCCACGGUUCUCCUGUCUCCUCUCUUCAGUUUCGUCUUGGGGGUCUUCGCCAGUGGAUCUCCCCUGCUGAUCCUGACGUUCCUGGGGUUUGUCGGGGCAGCUUCCUUUGGAGUCCGCCGACUAAUAGGAGUGACUGAAAUAGAGAAGGGCUCCAGCUAUGGAAACCAAGAGUUUAAGAAAAAGGAAUAAUUAAUGGCUGUGAUUGAACACACAUAACCUGACGGUGGUAUCCAAUUAACUCAAUUAAAAACAGAACAACACACACAGAGCGGGAAAAAGACACUUAGAAACUAUUUUUCUUAUUAACUGGUGACUAAUAUUGACCAAUAAAACUUGAGCCAAGAGUAAAGCAGUCGGAAGGCCUGCGGAUGGAGACGCCAGCCUCGCCCCUGCGCUUCCCCCGGGAAGCCGGUCUCCGGGGCGUCGCUCUGGGGGGAGGUGGCGCCCGGAGAGCCGUCCGACUCGUCACCUCCGAGAGCGCUGUCUGCCGAGGGAGCCUUCGGUCGCUUUCUCUUCCCACACUUAGAUCCCGGUUUGGGUUUUUACCAGUUAUCUUGGGAGUUUCCCCCCCUCUCCCCCUGCACCCCCAGCACACUAUCUUCAAGGCUCCUCCCGGGCCCCCGGGCCUCAGAGCACCUGCUCGUCCCGAUCUGCUGGCACCGUGGCCUCCAGGCGGUGGGCGCGGGGCCCCGGGAGAGUUCUCUGGGCCAGCAGCACACCGAGCGAGCCGGCGGCGGACACGCGCCUCGCCCCGUUGAGCUUCCAGAGCUUCCUUGCCCCUUCCUACCUGAGCCCGCGUGGAAACACCUUCAGUCCGUUUCAAGGCGGAUGGAGCCCGAGAACUCGGCGAGGUGCGGCGUCCUCCCGGUGCCCCGGGCGCAGCUCCUCUGUCCCCGGCGACCGUCAGACUCGGGUCCCCCGCCGAGCGCAGGGCGGCCACCCGCACGGAGGCGCUGUGUCCGGGGGUCGGGGGUGGGGGAGCCUCGGCCCGCAGCCUGCAGGACUGUUGACGCUUUUGAGAAGGCAGUGUCACCAUCACCCUGUCUUCUGAGGUGGUUGGAAACAGCACGGAGCUCGUCUGCUUUGAGAGGUUAUACUUUGACAGUGGACCUGUGGACGGCUGUCAGCGUCCUGACGAAAACGGGAGGUGGUGAGCCCUCCCCACCUCCGCCCCCCUCCCCCCCGGGCAGCUGCAUGUGUCCGGGGGGAGGGCCGGCGGCGGCUCCUGCCGCAGGGCUGUCCCCCGAGUGUGCUGACCGCCUGUGCUUGGCGGCACCGCAUCCGCACAGCAUCCCCGCAGCCUGCCGCCGGGGUGCUCGCCUCUCCUCCCGGAGGGAGGCGCCUCCAGCGCACGCCCGGCGGGGCGGAAGCCCCCGGGGCCGGCCGCCCCGCCCGGCCUCCCUCCGCUGUAGCCCCGCCCCCCGCCCGCAUCCGGCUUUCCUCUGAAACUUUACCUUGCUUUUUAAAAGUCACACUCCCCUCAUCUUUUUUAGCAAGAGAACGAAAAAUAACGGGUGUUAUCUCUGAUGCACUGUAACCAGCAUCCUGAAUAGAGGCAGGGUGAACUUUCUAGGGGAAAAAAUGGAGGGAAGAGGCAUGGAAAAAAUUAUAAACCAAAUUGGAAAAAUAAUUAUGCAUUGGUCCUAAGUACGUAUUUUGGGGAGGUCUAGGGAAACAGCCCACAUCCUUUGUAACGACACUACUGAAUUCUGCAUUAGUGACCUUGGUGAAGGGACCGAGGUCGCAGGGACGCGAACCACGAUUCUGUACUCGCUCAGGAGGGACAGUGGGUGCACACGAGUCCUGGUGAGGUUGAAGGGUAAAACAAACCGGCUUUGAAGUGCUUUUCUUAGACGCGUGCUUCCCUCUGCCACAAAGCACGCCCCUCCAACCCCCCCCCCCCCCCGCAUAGCAGAGCCCCUGCGGAAGAGCUGCUCCCACUGCGGUCAGCGCUACCUUAGGUCUCAUUUCUCUGCACACGGUGUGCUGUUCAUCCGUCUCUCUGUGUGUUUAUGUUAUUUGCUAGUUCACUAACCCUGCAAAUCUUAAAGGAAACAGUUGAAGAGUACUACUGUGCGGGUACAUUACCUGGAAAAUGCAAAAUUAGAUCUUUUUACCGUUUAAUUAAUAGUUCUUGCCUCUGGGAUAAGUUCCCUCCCCUUGAAAUUAAUACCUAAUGUGUAAAUUCUGUGUGGAGGCAGUGAUGAGCUGUGAAGACUCGAGGUAAAUGGAGAUUGACCACUUCUAAUUUUCAAAUCUCAGCGACUUCCUUCCCACUGAACGCAGAUUAGCUUGUGCACUUGAAUACCAAGCUCUUUGACAGCAAUAAAAACUACACCAUGAA